AUGGGCCGCCCUCCUGCGUACAUCUUUGUCGUCAGGCACGGCAACAGACUCGACGCCGCCGACAAGCAAUGGCACCUGUCUUCUCCGACCCCCUACGAUCCUCCCCUGACCUAUAGCGGAUGGACACAGUCUCGAGCCUUGGGCUUGAGGAUAGGCGAGAUACUGAGGGAGAGACUGCUCGACGACGAUCGACCGAGCGCAUCCCCCGGCGCGAAACCCAAGGGCGGACGGAAAUUCAGGGUCAUCAUCCACAGCUCCCCGUUCCUUCGAUGCGUCCAGACCUCUGUCGGCAUAAGUGCCGGCCUCGCUUCCGACCCUGCGCCCUUGCAGAGCCCGCUCAUCGGCGGGUACUCGCCCCGCACAUCGCAACCCUCGAGCCCUCUACCGUCUCCCGGCAUCAGCCCUGCACCCCGUCCUGCCAUCUCCAUCGACACGCGGCAACCCCUUCGGCCCGUUCCCAGCCCUGCCACUGACGACGAAGCCAAGGCGGAAAGCAAGGAGAUCCCCAAGAUAGUGCUGCGCCUGGACGCCUUCCUCGGAGAAUGGCUCUCGCCGAGCUACUUCGAGCUCAUCACGCCUCCUCCGGGCUCCGUCAUGAUGAUCGCCAGCGCCAAGGCCGAGCUCCUGCGCCGCGAGAACUACAACAGCUACCCCCACUUCCAGCUCCAUCAGAACCAUGCGCAGCACCACCACCGGAACCAGAACCAUGCGGCGCAUAACCACGGCCACCUGUGGAACUCGAGCCCUCGGGCAAGCCCUGUGGCCACGCCGCCUGCAGCCGAAGACCUGCCUCCCCUGUCCGGCCUCGACAGCCUGUCGGGCAUGGCCACUUCCCUGCCCAGGAGCGGUAGCGUGGGAAGCCAUCACCACCGGCCCGGACGCCUGGUGCCCAUGCCGGCUGUUGAGGGCAAUGCCUACGUCGCACCGACCCCCACAUUUGCAGUGUCGUCCAAGGCACCGAUACCUGCAGGCUACGUCGCACAUGCAAGGGACGCUUGUGUGCAGGUCGAUUACCAGUGGGACUCGAUGCGCGCCCCGUACGACUGGGGCGACGGCGGCGAAUACGGCGAGGAGUGGACUUCGAUGCACAAGAGGUUCCGCCAUGGCCUCCAGAAGAUGGUCGAGUGGUACUCGGACGCCGAGAAGCCCUACAAGAUGGUGACCAGGCUCGCCAGGUCCUCUACGAAUGGGUCGCAGCCGGGCAAAGCGGACCCCGAGGUCGAAGAGCCCGAAGAUGAGGAUGCUGAGAACGUCGUCAUCCUCGUCUCCCACGGCGCGGGAUGCAAUGCGCUCAUUGGAGGCAUCACUCACCAGCCGGUCCUCAUGGACGUCGGCCUCUGCUCCCUGACGAUGGCUGUGCGCAAGCCGGCCGCGGGGAACGGACUGAACGGCAGCCAUGCCGAUGUUCUCGUCCUCCCUAGCGAGAAGCAUGGCGCCAGUCCCGUGCACAAGAUCUACGACCUGAAGAUGUUUGCCAACACGGACCACGUCCGGUCCAACGCGCCGACUCCGACGGCAUCUCGCUCCUCUAGCAUGGCCAACGCGAUGGGCGGCAUCCGGGGGCGCUACUCAGGCUCCUUCUCGUCGCCGCUCGGCAGCCCCUACAUCGAGGCGGGAGGGAGUAGGAGCUCCUCUGCCAACGCAGCCUUCAGCGACUACAGACGGGCUUCGGGGCACUCCUCUGGGAACCACGCUGUCGGCGGCAUCACAGUUGGGAGCGGCGUCACGUCCUUCACCAACCCGACCGGCCUGUCGCGCACGCCCUCCAUCGGCCUCUGGUCUCCUGCUGCUGCGAGGAAGGCCGAGGAGGCGUUUGAGGACGAGAGCGAGCCAGACAUGGUCCUGAACUUUGGCGACGACGGCAAGUACACCUCGUCGCACCUGCAGCACGAGACCGCCGAUCCCAAGGCGACGGAGAAGAACGGGCCUGCGACUGCUGAGGAGCCGCUUGUGCCGGCCCAACCGCCGACGCCCGGCGUCGACGAGGCUGAGAAGGGCGACACCAUCUCCCAGUUGAGCCAGCUGCCCACUGGGCUCUGGGGCCAGCAGGCCCGGCCGGUGCGGCCGGUGGAUCUUGCGCAUCACAGGACCAUCAGCUCGUCGAAGCGCCGGUGGACGGUCAACGAGCGGACUUAA